GAGCGACAACAACAGGAAACAUGAGGCUGCUGCUGCUGCUGCUACUGCGAGGAGGGCUGGCCUCACGGUAAUGACUGGAGUCAGGUAACCACCGCUGGACAGACCGACUCUAUUCCUCCUCACGGACGGGUUCAGGCACGAAGGGAGGCGGUGAGAGCGGCUUUCCGGGACGGUUUCACGUUUUUUUUUUAAACAAAUGCCGCGACUUUCUCUCUAAAACAAACUUUACAGAGCUGUAAAAGUUUGAUAUAAGUAACUACGUGUGGCCCGCUGUUCAUGAGACGAGCGUUGUGUGUUUUGGGGGGGGCUAGCUUAUCGCGGAGGCUACUCAGGUGUUCACCUACACGGCGAAGUUUGUGUCGUAUUUUAUCCUCCUCGUCACAUAAUUCAUUUAGGUGGAAGGAGGAUUUCUCUCUAUCUCCCUCUCUCCCUCUCUUUUUGUCGCGUGUCCAGUAGGCUAUCUCUCCACUUUUCCUGCUUGGUUUCGUUUUCCUCCUGCAGUGUAUUGGACCUAAAAUAUCAAGUGGCCAACUCUAAACAGGUGCCAGAAUGGAUGAGGCGGACAAGUACAAACAGCGACUGGAGGCCAUUGCUGAGAAGCGUCGGCUGCAGGAGGAGCAGGACAGAGCCAGGAGAGAAAUGGAGGAUGAGAAGCUCAGACUACAGCAGCUCAAGAGGAAGUCUCUGAGAGACCAGUGGUUGAUGGAAGGAGCUCCCUUGUCCCCGACCUCCCCGGAUACCGAGAACCCUCGCUCGCCUCUGUGGGGCUCCCAGGCCCAGGAGAUCGAAAAGCACAUUGACAAGUUGCAGUCCAAGAGCCAGCGGUUGGCAGAGGAGGAAGAGAAGCUGAGGGAACAGAUGGAGGACGGCCAAACGGAGGCAGUGAAAAUGGCUGAGGCUGGAGCAGAAAUAGUCCAUGAUGCUGUUGUGCAGAAUGGAGAAGAUGACGCAACAGGAUUGGAAAUAACAACUAUAGAUGAAGUGAAGACAAACCAAAACCCACUAGUGGAUGUAACUGCAGCUGUCCUAACAAAUGGUGGAGGAGACUCAGAGGCGCACAUUAACCCUGAUGCUUCAGAGCAGAGUAAUCAGUCCACCACCAACGGACCAGUUUUAGCCUCUGAGGGUGUUGUUAGCAUGAAGUUGGCACCAGAGUUGAGCACGGGUGUUUCUGAGGCAGAGCCUGGUCAGGUUCCAAAUGUCAACAUUAAUGAGGAGGAGGAUGAAGGGACUCUGGUGAUGAGAGCAGAACGUGUGAUCAUCACAGAUGAAGGGGAUGAUAUACCUGAGGAUCUUACGCCCCAGGAAGAUCAGCAAGAAACCAUUCAGUCAGAGGAAUCCCCUCUGCUGAAUCCAGAAGCAAGCCAAGGCCAAGAGGGAGGGGAGGCUGUGGAGGAGGUAGUAAAAACAGAAGCAACUCCAGAUGCGUUCACACAACCAGAGAAGAGUGAGGCAACUGAACCCACUGCAGAGGCACAACCAGCACCCGCUGAUGGAGAGGUGGAGGGUGGCGUAAAGACAAACGAAAACGGCGAUGAACAGGACAAGCAAUCAGAAGAUCCAACCUCUGUGCAGGUGCAGUCCCAGGCCAAUCCCAUAGAGGGCACUACAGUGGCUUCGGUGCCAAUCUACUCUAAGUCCGCUCUCGCCCUCGAGCUAGAAGCCGAGGGUGCAGCUGCAACGUCACCAGAGGAAGCUGAGGCAGCAUUGAAAGCCCAAGACCCUGCCACUGUGCCUGGCCAGUUCCAGGAGGUGCCCCUGGCUGAUCCUAAGGACAACCAGAGGACAGAGGCAGGGCCGGGGGAGCAGGAACCCCUUCUUUCGCAGGCCAAAGCCCCCGACACCCGUGCAGAGUCAGCAGCAGCUAACAGCCCCACCAGCACAGAGACACAGAUCACAACCAGGGCUAACCAGGGAGAGGAAACAGAGGCACCCAAACGCAAAACCUGCCAGUGCUGCUCUGUUAUGUAAAUACCCUCGCUGUACAUUGACUUCCUCUCCCCCUCUUCAGCCUGCCAGUAUCUUUCAGUCUGUCCCUUCGCUGUUCAAUUCACAACACGCUCCUUUCCUCGUCUCUUUGUUUUUUUGCGCCCAUCCCCAUAUUGAUGUGUCCACAAGCUACUUCCCUUCCCUCCCCUCCCCUCCCCUCCCCUACCCUCUGCCCUCACUCUUUGUAUUCAUCUCGAAACCUCCUCAUCCCACUCGUGAGUUUUGAUUCUCCAAGAGAAAGUGAGCUCUCUCCAAUGUGAAGACACAGGAGGUAUGGACUGGACUUGUCAGUGUUUAAGUGCCUUGAGUUCUCUACCCAGGGCUACACUUUUAAAUUCCCUUCGCACAAUGUGGACCAAAAUAUGAGGCGUGUUUUUUUUGUUUUUGUUCUUUUUUCUUUCUUUUUUUAUUUUUACACUGUUUGAGUUUUAUUUCAUUUUCCUGGUUAGCAGAUGAGCCAGCCAAUCUAUAUAGGAUCACACAACCCACAUAUUAGAUGCAGUUAAGCAAACUAAAGCAGAGUAAAGAUGUAUUUUUUAAACUGUUGUGUCUACAUGUAUAAUUCAUUGGGUAAAUUUCAUCAUCUAAAUAUGAGAUUUAACUGGAAAAUUCCAAAGAUCUGGAGAGGUUAAGAGAGGAUAUUGUUCUAAUUUAAUGACUUUAAAGCUGAAAUAUUUUAUUGAUUUUGGUCUUUCAUUAGAGAUAUUUUUAAUCCAUAUAGGGCCUGAACAUUUUUAUUCAUUCUGUAAUACAGCUUUUGACAAUACACAGACUAAUAGUAUGAAAUGGUCUAAUUUAUAAACAACAGCUUGAUCCACUGAAUAUUUUGUGGGCCGUUGUCAGUUUUAAAAGAGCAAUUAUUUUGAAAUACCUGGAAGUAUGAAUUUUGUAUUUUGACCAGAUGAGCUUUUGAAGAGAAGCUCCAGAGCUCCUGACGAAGCUCUGUGCAUGGAUGUAUAUACUGUAUACAGAAACAUGUGGAACUGAGAGUGUCUGAGAUGUCAGCUUUGAAAUGAUUGAUGAAUGAUUUAAUGAUUAAACUGACAUUUGUGAUACAUUGCCUGAUGUACUUGAUAUUCAUCCAGCAUUUCUGUUCCAAAAAACACAACAUUGCUCAAUGGAAAACAAAUGCUGUGUAAUCUUUAACCACUUGUUGCAUAAUGUUAUUUCUUACUUAUCUUAUUACAGAACCAGGGGCAACUGGUUUAGGACAGCUCUCUCUCCUAAUCUUUCCUGUCAUAUUUAACAAAAUGGGAGUGGGAGCAUGCAGUCCCCCCUCAGAUAGCUGGUAUAUCUAUAUUUAUGCAGCUUUAGUUGUGGUAAAUAUCCCCCUAAAGAGAAGAAGGGAGCUAACAGGAUUUAUCUUUGAGAUAUUUUACAGAAAGAGCGGGAUCACAGGGGCUGAGCUCAUGAGAAACCUGCAACACCUCUCAAAAAUAGAGCACCCAGCAGUGUCUCUACCAGCUCUUGUGGUAGUUCAGUAGCUAGAAGCACAGUCUUCUCAAGGGCCAGACUAAAGCCUGAGUCCCUGUAGAAAAGGGAUGCAGCAAUGGGCCAUGUAACUGUGAAAAUAAGUCCUGCUGAGCUGAGAGCUCUCAGGGGGUCCUGUCCUCUCAUGAGGAACCAGUACCUCUCUAUACUAGAUUGGUGCUCGUCAACCUGCUCUUGUGAAAAGAAAAUUAUCAGUGAGAGUUAGAUGUGUAGGUGCUAUCGCAGUAUGGUGUGCAGAGCCGCCUCACAGUUUAUUUGUCUUAAAUUAACAAACCACAUCACAUAUCACUUUACUUGGUGAAAGCAACACUAUGUAAGAUUUGGUAUUUGUUGUAAUUUGGCACCCCCAUUUCAGAGUGCAAUAUCUGUCGUAAAUAUGGACAGCUGUGCAUGUGCAUUUGUUACGAUUCCAUUACUUGUGAUCAAAAACAAGCAAGUCUUUGCUAACACAACAUCAAACAAGUGCAACAACACAAGACACAGCAAGCCAGCUAAAAUAACUCAGUAGUCCAACAGCAAGAAGGCCAGCUUGCCAACAGUCUGCAGCCUUUUAUUUCACAAAGCUCUCGUCAACGACUAAAAGCCAGUCCCAGAUUUACCCUUUUCUGGCCAGCUUCUCUUUCCUAUUCUCUACUUAGCUUCCUCUGUCCAUGAGAGAGCCCGGUUACAUUGCCUGCUCGUCAUCUCCGGUUCUGGUAUGAUGCCAGACCACCUGGGCUUCCCUGGUGGUCAUAAUGUUAUGCAGCACCAUACGCAACAAACUAUAAUGCACUGUGUGUUCUGACAACUUUCUAUCAGAACCAGCAUUUUUCACCAGUUUGAGCUACAGUAGCUUGUCUGUUGGAUCGGACCACAUGGGCCAGCCUUCACUCCCCAUGUGCAUCAGUCCCUGGACCACGUUUGAUAUGCACUGACCACUGCAGACCAGGAACACCCCACAAGAGCUGCAGUUUUGGAGAUGCUCUAACAGUCAUCUAACCAUCAUAAUUUGGUCUUUGUCAAAAUUGCUCAUAUCCUCACACUGCCCAUUUUUCCUGCUUUUAACACAUCAACAACAGACUAUGAGUAUAACAGUAUAUGUAUAGUUCAUCACAGUGUUGUAAGAAUAAAAGCAAUGAGUCUAAAGGGGCAGCUUGUGUGUACUGUUGCAAAGGUGAUACUGGUGCUUUGACUGGAAACAAACAUUGGUUCACGGAAUUAUUCCACUAAGCUGAACUUUCCCAGAAAUCGACGCUUGCUGUUUCAGAAUUGCUAAAACAAUAUUAGGUAUUGUGAAACAGAAACUUUCCGAUAGUUUACAGUGUGAAAUGUAAUCAUUUUACUUUAAAGCUACAGUGCAACUGUGACGAGGUAGAAGUAUUCUCAAUGCAUUUAACAGAGCAUAUUAGGUUUUAUAGUGAUUUCAACAGACACAAUACAUAUAUUGAAGUUGUAGCUCUUUUUCUGAGCCAAUAAGAUUAAAACAAUUUUAUUGGCUGCUAUUUACAAAAGGAGUCACAGUAUAUUCACUACUUACAUGUAAGACAGUGUAAAUAAUCAAGAUUCACAGCAUUCAAUUCAUUCUUAUUUUACUGUCACAGAGAAGACAGGUGGACUCUGCUCUCGGUAUUGUGAAACUUUUCUGAUGCAACUAUAAAACCACAAGGCACUAUACUGGCACCACUUUCAGGGAGACGCUGCAUGUAACUGAGUCUAGAUGUACAGUCAUAUGACUUCCACUUACAGAGCCAUGUUUGCUGUGUGUGCCAUCACUCUUGUCUACUUGAUGUCUGUGAGCCAGUCAGCUCCUCUGGCCUGUUCAGACUUGCUCAAGCCUUUGGAUCAACUGAAUGUUCAUGAUUUUGAGGGCAAAUGGGUUAUGGUUGCAAACAGCAUGAAAACCAUCAAAGGUCAAGUGUGGAUUCAACCAUCUGACAGCAUAAGUAUUGAUUUCUUCAACUCAACUUUGAUCAAAACCCAUCGUUUUGGUGAGCGGUGCUCUUAUUCUUCAUACAACGUCUCAAUACAAGGUGGUAACUAUAACUUCAGUGUUGGACAGAUGUAUAACUUCAGUGGGACUAUAUACCAAACAUCCUGUUCCGACUGCGUGGUAUUGAGUUUCAAAAUGGAAGCACCAACAACAACGACAGAGGAACUGUGCCUGUUCAGCAAAAGGAGGGAGGUGGAACCGAAGGAGUUGGCGGAGUUCAUCGCUCAGGUGGAUUGUCUGGACAUGCCUCAACAUGUGGUGAUGGAUCCGACCAAGAAGCUUUGUACAGUCACCUCUCACCACAGUAGGUCAUGAUGAGGAAAAACCAGAGAAUCCAAAGGCUCAAGAGACUGUGUUACAUGACAUCUGUUGACAGUGUACAUUAAAAUCAAUGUCACACAACAUCUGUGAUUGCUUUUGUGCAUAUGGUAAGAGUGACAUUUCUGCUGUGCCUGGCAGUCAAGAUAAAACAAUAAAAAAUACCCAAAACCUUUGAAA